UUCUUUUUUUUUUUUUGACUUUUAAACAGAAGGAGCCUCAGAAGAAUGAUAAAGAUUUGAAGAGAUUAGAGAAAGAGAUCCGCGUUCUUUUGCAGGAGCGAGGUGCUCAGGACAAACGGAUCCAGGAUAUGGAAUCUGAGUUGGAGAAGACAGAAGCAAAGCUAAAUGUAGCACUCAGAGAGAAAACAUCUCUUUCUGCAAGUAAUGCUUCGCUGGAAAAAAGGCUUAUUGAGUUAACCAGAGCCAACGAGCUACUCAAAUCUAAGGAAUUGUCUGCUAGUCUUCAGCAGCAGCUCUGCUCAUUUCAAGAGGAAAUGGCUUCAGAGAAGAAUGUCAUUAGAGAAGAGCUAAAACUUGCCCUGGAGGAGUUGGAUGCCGUCCAGCAGAAGGAGGAGCAGAGUGAAAGACUGGUGAAACAGCUGGAAGAGGAAACAAAGUCGACCUCGGAACAACUGAGCCGGCUAGAGGAGCUGCUGAGAGAGAAAGAAGUUGAGCUUGAGAAAAGUAAUGCUGCUCACAUCCAUGCAACCAUGACUUUACAGGAGAGGUAUAAUGAUACAGUGCAAGAUCUUAAAGACAUGACUGCUCAGUUGGAAAGCUAUAAAACAUCGACCCUUAAAGAAAUGGAAGAGCUGAAGCUGGAGAACGUGGCUUUACAAGAAAGAGUAGCCAUGGCUGAGAAGAAUGUGGAAGACGUUCAGCGUCAGAUAUUGACAGCUGAGAACACAAAUCAAGAAUACGCAAGGAUGCUUCUAGAUCUGCAGAACAGAUCAACAUUGAAAGAAGCAGAAAUUAAAGAAAUCACAGUUUCAUCUCUUAAGCAAAUAACUGAUUUGCAAAAUCAACUCAGACAACAGGAUGAAGACUUUAAGAAGCAACUCGAAGAGGAAGAGACAAGGAAAGCAGAGAAAGAAGAUGCAGUGGCAGAGUUAACUGUGGAAAGUAAUAAAUGGCGGCUCCUUUAUGAAGAACUUUAUAACAAGACUAAACCUUUUCAGGUGUGUUGCUUAUGA